AUGACAUUAAAACUGUUAAUAUACAUGUCUUUAAUUAUAUGGCAUGUAAAUUCUCAGAGAUCACAGACUCCAAUUAUGUAUCAACAAAACGUACCCGAUAUCUAUAAUAGCGGACAGAUAUUUUUUGAAAAUUCUCACUAUCUCCAUCCGCAAAUAAAUUCAGGUUAUACUAUUAAUUCACAUGACAACAAGUUUUCUCGAGAAUAUGACAAAAAUACGAGGCAAAUUUUAGUUGACAACAGAUUUGAACCUAAUAACAAAGUGUCAUACGGUCAAAAACAAAUACAAACACAACAACCGAUUUACCAACACACAGUGCAACCAGAUCAGAAGAUUUAUAACGAAGACAAUAUACAUAGUGAUGGUACAAGAACCACAAUAGCUCAAACAACUAUAGAUGAAGACAUUUCAUCCAAAUUACGCGAGAGCGAUACAGGAAAAUUGAGCCAAAAUACAAAUUUCGAUAAUAAAACUUUCGCUAUAACCAGUUUUGGAUUAAAAUUAUUAAAGGGUAUGAGUCGGGAUCCAGGAAACAUUUUAGCAUCACCAUAUUCGAUCGCUAUGCUUCUGGCGCUUAUACAACAGGGUGCGUUUGGAGAAACGCAAAAUGAAAUCACGAAGGUGUUACAGUUAAUGCCAGAAUCUUCAGCGGAAUUGUUUAAGGGUCUUACAAAUGCUGUGCAGAAACGGAAGUCUCACAAUAUUUUGAAGAUUGCAAGUAACGUGGUCUUGGCGGAUUCAUUCAGUGUAGAUCCUAAAUUUAAAUCAAUCGCAAUUCAUAAUUUUGAAAGUGAAGUAACUAAUGCGAAUUUCAACAAACCAUUGGAAGUAUCACAAAUGAUCAAUAAUUGGGUCGCCGCUAAAACAAACAACAAAAUUUUAAAUCUGUUGGCACCAGAUGCACUUCAACUGGACACUCUAGCAGUCUUGGUAAAUGCUAUUUACUUUAAAGGAAUUUGGGAUACUAAAUUUCGUAUAGAAUUGACAAAACCAAAAACGUUCUAUCUCAGCAACGGUUCAAGAAAAGUUGUACCGUUUAUGCAUGCACGACGAAUGUUCCAAACAGAUAUCGAUCCUGAAAUUAAUAGUCAAGUACUGUUAAUACCGUUUGAAAAAGCGCAAUAUUCCAUGAUGAUUAUCCUGCCAUUUGAAGGGGUUAAUGCUCUCGACGUCCUAUCAUCGUUAACUGAACAAAAGUUGUAUGCUUACCAGACAUUUACAGCCAAGGAAGUCCAAUUGGAUAUUCCUCGAUUCACAGUUAAAUCUGAACGCAAUAUAUUUGACCUUCUGAACUUUAUUGGUAUUUGGCGCAUAUUCAGUAACGAAGCGAACUUAACUGGUAUUGGAACGUAUCAAGGGAUAACUCCCCGUAUUUCGACGGCAGUCCACAACGCUGUGCUGUCCAUUGACGAGCAAGGAGGAUCGGCGGCGGCGGCUACUGCCUUCUCCGUGGUUGCGUUAUCCAAUGAUGAUUCUGCUAUAACUUUCCGUGUAAAUAGACCAUUUUUGAUUGUGCUGUGGGAUAGUCAACUCAAUGUUCCACUGUUUAUGGGCAAAAUUGAAGAUCCAACGUCAUAG